CUCUUCCUCAUGCUCUUCAUCAUUUAUUGAUUUGGGCUUAUAUAUAAAGUCCACUGUAAAAUUGAAGAUGAAGCCCAAUAGAAAAGUCCUUGAAUGUGCUCUUCACUCCCCCUCAGUGUUAGAUUUCCCAAAACAACCCUAUAUUAAUCCAUUAAUUACCAAAGAAAAUACCCCUGAAACGAUCAUAAAAAAACCCAAAGAAUCAUCACAGUGGAACCCAAUUCAAAAAGCCGCAGCAAUGGCACUAAACAUGUUUGAGAGCGCGUUGCUCUCACGCGAGCUUCAACAUCCGCUUCCCAAAACUUCGGACCCCAGAAUUCAAAUAGCCGGAAACUUCGCUCCAGUGCCGGAACAACCGGUUGUUCAUUCCCUCCCAGUUACCGGUACAAUUCCCGAUUGCGUUAACGGCGUCUACCUCCGUAACGGCGCGAAUCCAAUGUUCGAGCCAGUUUCAGGACACCAUCUUUUCGACGGCGACGGCAUGGUUCACGCCGUUACCAUCAAUGACGGUGCCGCUAGCUACGCAUGCCGUUUCACUGAAACAGAGAGGCUCGUCCAGGAGCGACAAUUAGGCAGGGCGAUGUUCCCGAAAGCAAUCGGCGAACUCCACGGCCACUCCGGCAUCGCAAGGCUUCUCCUAUUCUACGCAAGAGGACUUUUCGGUAUCGUCGAUCACCGUCAUGGCGCCGGCGUUGCCAACGCCGGCCUCGUAUAUUUCAACAAUAAACUUCUCGCUAUGUCGGAAGACGACCUUCCAUAUGAACUCACAAUCACUCCCUCCGGCGACCUCCGAACCAUUGGCCGUUACAACUUCCUCAACCAGCUUCAUUCAACCAUGAUCGCGCACCCGAAAAUUGACCCUGUCUCCGGCGAACUCUUCGCCUUGAGCUACGACGUUGCUAGACCUUAUCUCAAAUACUUCCGUUUCACACCGGACGGGAAAAAGUCACCUGACGUCGAAAUUCGCCUUCCAGUUCCGACAAUGACGCAUGACUUCGCGAUCACGGAGAACUUCGUAGUUAUCCCUGACCAUCAGGUAGUUUUCAAGCUUGAUGAAAUGAUAAAAGGUGGUUCACCGGUGAUCUUUGACGGCGCAAAGAAAUCAAGAUUCGGCGUUCUUCCCAAAUACGCAAAAGACUGUUCAAGCAUCAUUUGGGUGGAGUCACCGGACACGUUCUGUUUCCAUUUAUGGAACGCGUGGGAAGAGGCAGAAACUGAUGAAAUAGUAGUUAUCGGUUCGUGCAUGACGCCACCAGAUUCAAUCUUCAACGAAAGCGACGAGAGUCUAAAAAGCGUUUUAUCAGAGAUAAGGUUGAACCUUAAAACAGGGGAAUCGACGCGCCGGUGUUUGAUUCCAAAUAUGAAUUUAGAAGCUGGGAUGGUGAACCGGAACCGGCUGGGUAGAAAAACCCGGUUCGCUUACUUGGCGGUUGCGGAGCCUUGGCCGAAAGUUUCGGGGUUCGCUAAGGUGGACUUGGUUAGUGGGGAGGUAAAGACACAUAGUUAUGGGGAUGGAAGGUACGGUGGAGAACCGUUUUUCUUGCCAACAGGAUCAUCAGGGAGGUGUGAAUAUGAAAAUGGAGAAGAUGAUGGGUACAUUGUGGUGUUAGUGCAUGAUGAGAGGAGGUGUAAAUCAGAACUAGAGAUAGUUAACGCCGUUGAUCUCAAAGUGGAAGCAACCGUUAAGUUGCCUUCUAGAGUGCCAUAUGGUUUUCAUGGCACGUUUGUGGAAGCUAAGGAUUUGGCGUUACAAUGACACGUAGGCAAGGUAAAUUAAGAAGGGGUAAUUUGAUUUUGACCAGACCAGAGGGAUAUUGGGCAGUGACAGAGAGACAGUUAGUUCCCUUCCCUGGGUUCUUCUGAACAAAUAUUAUUAUUAUUAUUAUUAUUUUUUAUUUUUCAGUUCAGAAAUCAGCUUGUAGCUUUGUGUGUAUUAAGUAGAUGGAGCUCAGCUGCUUUCUGUUUCUUUUUAUUUAUUUUUUUAUUAAUUUAUUUACCAUGAAAUUCUUCUGUUUCCAUUUUGGUUCUUUCUGAUGCUUAUAUAUUGAUCAUGCAUACGUUUCUUCU